AUGUCCCUGAUAACAUUUUUCUCAUUGUCAUAUACUCAAGAGGAACGUAACAAGCCUAUGGACAACAAAAUUUUGGCCCUGACAUUUUGUGUUGUAGACAAAGAGAAUAAUGGGGAUAAUAUGGAAGGAGCUGCAGCUCUUGACGGACCUGCAGGCAUGCAACCUGACGGAGUCAUACAGACCAACUAUGAUACUGUCGUCGAUAAUUUUGACGACAUGAACCUGAAAGAUGAACUUCUUAGAGGUAUUUACGCCUAUGGUUUUGAAAGACCAUCUGCGAUUCAACAAAGGGCGAUAAUCCCUUGCAUAAAAGGACAUGACGUUAUCGCCCAAGCCCAAUCCGGUACGGGUAAAACAGCAACCUUCUCUAUUUCAAUCCUGCAGAACAUCGAUACCAAGUUAGAUGAGUGCCAAGCUUUGAUUUCGGCACCAACACGAGAGCUGGCUCAGCAAAUCCAGAAAGUGGUGAUUGCGUUAGGAGACUUUAUGUUUACUAAAUGCCUAGCUUGCAUUGGUGGUACAAAUGUUAGAGAAGAUAUCAGGAAACUUGAAGCUGGUGUGCAUGUAGUUGUAGGCACACCUGGUAGAGUAUUUGAUAUGAUUGAACGUGGCGCCUUAGAUAACUGA